AUGAACAGGUUUGCAAAAUUCUGGGUUCUGAGUCAUUGCAUCACAAAGGGCUCAAUUCCCUCAGAUCUUGGAGCUUCUUGCACCCUGCUCUGUACCAACAAAUGCCUUAUUAAUGCUGAUGAAAGCAGUGCCAUACUCCAACUUGCAGUCCUGUGUCCUAUGAGAAGUAUUCAUUUGAAAACUGUAACAAAGCAGCCCAGUUGCUUUCAGAGCAUUUUGAAUGUGUUUUGGUUUAGUCCAAGAAAUGUGGUGUCCUGGUCUGAGUGGUAUUUUAGGUGGUGUUCUUCCUCUGGCCAUAACUCGCAAUACAGUUACUAUAAAGUAUAG